AUUUUUUAUCUGGUUUUUCAGGCCGUCCUUGCUGGAAGGAACCAUGAAUUGGCAUUUUUCCUUCUUCCUCUUGACCACAGUGACUUUGCCCUUUGUGUGCUCCCUGUUCAACCCUCUGCCUCUCGAGGAACUAAGCUCGAACAUAGGGAUCCAAGUUUUCAAUCAGAUCGUCAAAUCACGGCCUCAUGACAAUAUCAUCGUCUCCCCCCAUGGGAUCGCAUCUGUGCUGGGAAUGCUGCAGCUGGGAGCUGAUGGCAAGACGAAGAAGCAGCUCACCAUGAUGAUGAGAUACGGCGUGAAUGGAGUUGGUAAAAUGCUAAAGAAGAUCAACAAGGCCAUCGUGUCCAAGAAGAAUAAAGACAUUGUGACAGUGGCAAAUGCCAUGUUUGUCAAGAAUGGCUUUAAAAUGGAACUGCCCUUUGUUACAAGGAACAGAGACGUGUUUCAGUGUGAAGUGCAGAGUAUGAACUUUGCGGACCCAGUGUCCACCAGCGAUUCCAUCAACAUGUGGGUUAAAAACGAGACCAGGGGCAUGAUCGACAGCCUGCUGUCCCCAGAUCUUAUUGACGGCAUGCUCACCAAAAUGGUCCUCGUCAACGCAGUGUAUUUUAAGGGUUUGUGGAAAUCGCGGUUUCAACCUGAGAACACCAAGAAGCGAACAUUCGUGACAGCAGACGGGAAAUCCCACCAAGUGCCAAUGCUGGCCCAGCUCUCCGUGUUCCGGACUGGGUCUACAAGCACCCCUGGUGACUUAUGGUACAACUUCAUAGAACUGCCCUACCACGGGGAAAGCAUCAGCAUGCUGAUUGCCCUGCCAACCGAGAGUUCCACCCCACUGUCGGCCAUCAUCCCCCACAUCAGCACCAAGACCGUAAACAGCUGGAUGAGCAUGAUGGUGCCCAAGAGGGUCCAGGUGGUCCUGCCCAAGUUCACAGCUAUGGCGCAAACAGAUUUGAAGGAACCACUGAAAGUUCUUGGCAUUACUGACAUGUUUGAUCCAUCAAAGUCAAAUUUUGCAAAAAUAACAAGGUCAGAAAAACUUUACGUCUCCCACGUCUUACAAAAAGCAAAAAUUGAAGUCAGUGAAGAUGGAACCAAAGCUUCGGCAACCACGACUGCCAUCCUGAUUGCAAGGUCAUCGCCUCCCUGGUUCAUAGUAGACAGACCUUUCCUGUUUUUUAUCCGACAUAAUCCUACAGGUGCUAUCUUAUUCAUGGGACAGAUAAACAAACCCUGAAGAAUAAUGCAAAAGAAACCAGGCGAGCAAAGACUACUUUGCUAUGAAGAAAAGACUCCUUUCCUACAUCGUCAUAGUUCUGUUAAAUAUUUUUGUACAUUGCUUUCUUUUUCAAAACUAGUUCUUAGCCACAGACUCCAUGAUGCAAGCAAGCAUUUCUGUUUUGGGAGGUGUUGUGGAGAUGAAAGGGCAGGAUGGCUACAACACUGUACUGAGGAAUGAAUAGAAAGGCUUUGGAAUGUCUGGAAGAUUCUUUAAACUACUGAUUGGUUAUCUAGGCUAACAACCCUCUUGAGUAUUUGCUGUCUGUCUGGUUUAAGGUUUUUUGUUUUGUUUUGUUUUGUUUAUGUGUGACUUUUCAGGAGAAAUUUAAUCAGUGUGACAGAAGAAAAAAAAGAAGAUUUUAUGGUAGCUUUUACUUUUUUAUGGAAAAAAAUAUUAUUUGCCUCUUUAAUUCUUUUUAGCCCACCUCCAUCCAAAGUCUUGAUAGCAAGCAUUAUUUUGGGGGUGGAAAUAGCAGAAUCUCUAGCCUUCUGUGUGUUUUUGUUGUCGUUGCUGUUAUUGUUUUAUAUAAUGCAUGUAUUCACUAAAGUUUAAAAACUAAUGUCUUGCUCAGCAAGGUUUGCUGUCAUGCAGUGUGCCUGUCCCCACAGUCUGUACUCUUGAGAUUUGCAUUUUUGUAUUUUGUACAAAGUAGAAAUAAAGUGUUAUGGGUAGUUAAAAAAAUUGA